AUGAAGUUCUCCGCCAUUCUUGCCCUCGCGUCUAUCGCGGCUGCGUUCCCCACGCUUUCCGAGCCCGAGCUCGAUGAGCGUGACAUUCUUGAAAUCGAGGCCCGCGAUAUCGAAGCCCGCCAGCGCGGCCGUGUCGGUUCCACCGCCAAGGAGUUCUCGACUGGCGGUUGCAAAGACGUCAUUAUGGUCUUUGCUCGUGGCUCUACCGAAAUCGGCAACAUGGGUACCAUUUGCGGUCCUCAAACCGCCAACAACGUCAAGGGUCAAUUCUCGAGCGUGGCCGUUGAGGGAGUCGACUAUGCCGCUGGUCUCUCCACUAACUUCUUGCCUGGCGGCGCCGACCCCGCUGGUGUUGCGGAGAUGAAGAAGAUCAUUGGCGAAGUCAACAGCCAGUGCCCCAACUCCAUGAUGGUCGUCGGCGGCUACAGCCAAGGUGCCGCCGUCACUCACCGCGCUGUCGAGGACUUGCCCCAGGCCCAGAAGGACCAGAUCGUCGCGGCCUUCAUGUUCGGCGACACCCAGAACACCCAGGACAAGGCUCAGAUUCCCAACUUCCCCAAGUCCAAGACCAAGAUCAUCUGCGCCCAGGGCGAUGCCGUCUGCAAAGGAACCCUCACCAUUCUGCCGGCUCAUCUGUCCUACGGCAACCAGGCUGGCAACAUGGCCGACUUCAUCAACCAGAAGCUCACUGCAGCUGGCGCGCAGAGGCGCAAGUAG